AUGGGACAGCAGCUAGGUUUGAGAGGGAAGGAGAGAAAGAGAACAGGGGAGGAGAUGUUUUACUGUUUUUUUGAUGAAUAUGACCAGCAGCAGCAACAUUUUGAUGAUGAACAUGGUCAGCAGCACCAGCCUGAUGAACCCAUGUUUCCUGGAGGUCCUUAUGAUCUUUCUGUCCUUACAGAUUAUGAGCAUCAUAUUGCAAUUAAUGUGUGGAAUGGACAGGAAAGACGUGCCUUGAAAGUUGUUUCCAAUGGCAAAAAGCAAGACAAAUUUAUUGAUAUUAGAUAUCAUUUACCUGCUCAAAUAGAUCAUUGGAUUAAUAUAUCUGGAUUACGUCCUCUGAGAAGAUGUAGUUUGCAUAUGAUUGAUGGUAACAUGAUAUCUGCUUUUGCUGAGAGAUGGCACGCAGAGACUAGUUCAUUUCACCAGCCAUUCGGUGAAAUGACUAUUACUCUUGACGACGUCAGGGGUCUUUUGAGCAUCCCGUGUACUGGAGAGUUUUUCACACCUCCCGCAAAUGUCAAUGAAGAUUUGGCAAUUGCUGCUGCUGUUGAGUUGUUGGGGGUUACAUAUGAUGAAGCUGUCACUGAGACUAGGACCAAUAGAGGGGUUAUCAAGUUUCCUCUACCUACAUGA